UUCCAUUACAAUACACAGCAACAAACUGCAAUAAAGCACCUUCUUCUCCUAUCUCAUUCGAUGAGAUUUUGAGGAGCUAAAUUAUUUCUCUUAUCUCUUCGAUCUUUUUCUAUUAAAACCCCUUUUUGUUGUUUUAGUUUGUUUUUAAUUAUGGGUUAGUUCAGAGAUUCUCUGAUCGUUUUAACUUGAAAACGUGGCAUUAAAGAGCUCGCUGAGUCAUUGCUGAGUCUCGAGUGUCGAGCUCCCUGAAUCUGCAGAGGUGGAAAAUAGAAAGAAAUAGUACUAAGAAAUAUAACCCAAAAUUAAGACUUCUUGGUUUUCUAAGAAUUUAUAAAAUCAACAAUGUUGACGUGCAUAGCUCGUUCGAAGCAACCCGGUGAUGACUCAGUGAGUCGACGAGAGGAAAUGGACUCUUCCACCACUGCCAGCACUAAGCACAAUCAAGCCAUCAAAUCCCUCACUUCUCAGUUGAGGGACAUGGCGCUGAAGGCGUCGGGGGCGUACCGGCACUGUAACCCCUCCAAGGCGCAGAGUCGGUUGAGGAACUCGGGCGAGUUCGACGCGGACUCGGAAAGGAUCGGAUGGUCGUAUCGUAGGACGGGGAGUUCGAGCUCGGCGACACCGAGGACGUGGGGGAAGGAAAUGGAAGCGAGGUUGAAAGGGAUGUCGAGUUCGAGCGGAGAAGCGACUCCGAAAUCGUUGAGUGGGAGCCGAGUCUACACGGUCGUGUUCGCCGAAGAAAACGAGCCUAGAGAGUGGGUGGCUCAGGUGGAGCCCGGCGUACUUAUCACCUUUGUUUCACUUCCUGGCGGCGGCAACGAUCUCAAGAGGAUACGGUUCAGUCGGGAAAUGUUUAACAAAUGGCAAGCUCAAAGAUGGUGGGCAGAGAAUUAUGAUAGGGUCAUGGAACUUUACAAUGUUCAGAGGUUUAACCGCCAGGCAUUCCCGCUACCAACACCCCCUAGAGCUGAAGAUGAGAGCUCGAAAAUGGAAUCAGCAGAAGAAAGUCCUGUAACACCACCACUUACUAACGAACGUUUACCUUGUAGUUUACAUCGUCCAACUGGGAUGGGAAUGGCUUAUUCAUCAUCAGAUUCGCUUGAUCAGCACUCAAUGCAGUCUCGGCACUAUUGUGACUCUGGUCUUACCUCAACCCCAAAACUUUCCAGUAUUAGUGGUGCCAAGACAGAUAUAUCAUCCAUGGAUGCCUCUAUGAGGAGUAGUUCAUCAAGAGAGGCCGACCGCUCUGGAGAGCCAUCCAUUAGCAAUGCCAGUGAUCUUGAAACUGAGUGGGUUGAAAUGGAUGAACCAGGGGUUUACAUUACUAUCAGAGCCUUGCCAGGGGACAAAAGGGAGCUUAGGCGAGUUAGAUUCAGCCGGGAAAGGUUUGGAGAGAUGCAUGCCAGACUGUGGUGGGAAGAGAACCGAGCCAGGAUACACAAACAAUACUUGUGAUCGAGCGAAACGGACGAGACUAACGGUUUGCCGGCGCUUCUCUAAAUCGUGGGGGGUGUUUAUCUUUGUCAUUCUCUUCAGCCAUACUUGUGGAAUCUCUCCUACAAAGAUCGAAAGCAGGUGUUUCUGUCACCUUUUGCUAAGUAUUUUGUUUUCCCAGCUUCAUAGUAGCUAUAGGAAAUGUGAUGGUGGGGUUUUAUAGUACAAGUUUCUUUAAAAUCAAAAGUUUGGGGGUAAACAGCAUCAAAUGUGUAUCUGGGGUGAUGGUAAAAAUGGCAAUCCAAUUAUGAAUGAAAGAAUGUUUUUCAUUCUUCUUUGGU